CUGGCGAAGCUGACGCCAUUAACCCGCGACAAAAAUACCAAGUUGAAAGAAGCCUCUAUUACUUGCAUCAUAUCUGUUUACAAUCAUUAUGAUUCUGCGGGACUGCUAAAUUACAUUCUCAGUUUGUCGGUUGAGGAGCAAAACUCUCUGAGAAGAUCACUAAAACAAUAUACUCCCCGCAUCGAGGUGGACCUAUUAAACUAUAUGCAGAGUAAAAAAGAAAAACAGAGAAUGAAGUCUUAUGAUCCAUCUGAUGCCAUUGGGACAUCGUCUGAGGAAGGGUAUACUGGUGCCUCCAAGAAGAAUAUAUUCCUUGGACGGUAUUCUGGGGGUUCAAUUGAUAGUGAUAGUGGCAGGAAGUGGAGUUCUUCCCAGGAGCAAACAAUGAUCACUGGUGGUGUUGGUCAAAGUGUUUCCAGUGGAACCCAGGAAAAGCUGUAUCAGAACCUCAGAACUGGGAUCAGUUCUGCUAGUGAUCUGUUGAACCCCAAGGAUUCUGAUUACACAUUUGCUUCAGCUGGCCAGAAUUUGAUAUCAAGAACUAGCCCUAAUGGAAGUUCAGACAACAUGGAAAACUUGGACGACUUGUCACCACCACAUUUGGAGAAAAAUGGUCUGAAUCUGACAAGCGCUGACUCCUUGGAAGGAAGACAUGAAAAUGAGGUCUCUCGCGAAUUAGAUUUAGGUCAGUACAUGCUUGCUUCUAUUAAGGUCAGCCCAACGCCGGAAUCUGGACCUAGCAUCCCUCAGAUUCUACAUAUGAUCAACGGGAGUGAUGGAAGCCCUUCUUCGAGCAAGAAAUCUGGACUCCAGCAAUUAAUUGAAGCCUCUGUAACUAACGAUGAAUCAGUUUGGACCAAGUACUUCAAUCAAAUUUUGACGGUUGUUCUUGAAGUGCUCGAUGACGAAGAUUUUUCAAUCAGAGAGCUUGCUCUUUCGCUGAUUUCUGAAAUGCUAAAAAGCCAGAAAGAUGCCAUGGAAGAUUCUGUUGAAAUAGUAAUUGAAAAGCUGCUUCAUGUAUCAAAGGACACUGUUCCAAAAGUUUCUAGUGAAGCUGAGCAAUGUCUCACCACGGUCUUGUCCCAAUGCGAUCCUUUCAGAUGUUUAAGUGUGAUUGUCCCAUUAUUGGUGACAGAAGAUGAGAAAACUCUCGUCGCUUGCAUAAAUGGUUUAACGAAGCUUGUGGGUAGGCUCUCGCAAGAGGAAUUAAUGGAGCAAUUGCCAUCUUUUUUGCCUGCCGUUUUUGAAGCAUUUGGGAGCCAUAGCGCAGAUGUCCGCAAGACGGUGGUGUUCUGUCUGGUAGACAUAUAUAUAAUGCUUGGGAAAGCAUUUUUGCCGUAUUUGGAAGGUCUAAACAGCACGCAGGUUCGUCUAGUGACCAUCUACGCAAACCGGAUCUCGCAGGCUAGAAACGGUGCCCCUAUCGACGCAGACACCUGACGAGCUGCUUGUAAUCAUCGUUCAUAGGGUUUCUCUUGUGUCUUGGGGUCAUUUAUUCAUUAUUGUUUAUUUUGUAUAUGGGUGUGUUUCAUUUUUUUGGGUGUAAUUUUGCAAAUUGGUUUUUUUUUUCUUUUUUUUCUUUUUUCCAUUAUGUUACGGUGUUGUGUGGUCUAUUUUGCUUUGUAUUGGUUUAUUAUCUCCUAAAUUUUAUAAAACUUUGCAUCUGAUUACUACAA